AUGUCCGAGUCUAAGCCUCAGACAUUAUUGUCAGCCCGUGGAAGUCUGAAUCUGACUCAGGUCCUCGGCCGCAUACCGCCGCAAUUGCUCAACCCAACAGAGCGCCGCGAUGAGAUUGAUUUGUCGAUGGCAGAAAAUCGGCUCAUCCGGGAAGAAAUCCUGCAGCUGGCGAGAUCGGCAAUCGAGAAUAGUCUCCGCUCCAAGCAUUUGGAUUGGCCUAAGGGCUUUUUUGGUGACGCAGAACUACUCAACAUACUAUCCACUGUCUUUCAGAAUAGCUUUGGCCCCUAUGCACCCGUGCAAUCUGACCAUAUCGCGGUGACCGCCGGCGCUGCGGCUGGUCUCGACGCUAUUCUUUAUAACAUUUGUAAUCCAGGUGAUGGAGUGCUGGUUCCUUGUCCAUAUUGGAGUGGAUACGAUGCUCUUUUUACACUCCAUUCGGAGGUUCGCCCAAUUGGGGUAGUCGUUCCUCUACUCGAAGACUCCUUUGAACAAGCAUUCAUUACAGCGCUAGAGAAGUCAUAUGGGGCCGCUCUUUGUCCGAUCAAGGCGCUGGUGUUGUCAAACCCACACAAUCCCCUUGGUCGAGCAUACCCUCGGCCCAUUCUGGAGAAAUGCAUCAAGUUCUGCCAAGAACGCAAUCUCCACCUGAUUUCCGAUGAAGUGUUUGCACUCAGUAGCUUUGUCAGUCCCGAUAUCCAGAAUCCGGACCCAUUUGUCUCCUGUUUGAGCAUUGAUCCGGCUCAGCUUGGAUGCGAUCCAGAGCGUGUCCAUGUUGUCUGGAGCAUGAGCAAAGAUUUAGCCGCCAGUGGCGUUCGACUGGGCUGCGUGGUGACACGUAAUCGAUCCCUGCGCAACGUGGUCGGACUCGUGGCAUCUGUGCAUGUCUCGGCGCUGUCCACAGUUUUUGCGAAGGAGGUCCUUGCUUCAGCGCAGCUACCCGCGCUGUUGUCGCUUAGUGCGAACCGACUGGGGGCGAGCUACAUUACCUUGACGACCGCAUUCAGGGCAGCCGGGAUUGAGUACUUCCCCUGUAACACAACGGUAUUUCUAUUAGCUCGGCUAGCCCCGCACGCAACUAGCUGGGACGAGGAGAUGAUGGCUUUUCGGGCUUACAUGCAGGCGGGGGUUUCGCUGGUACCGGGUAAGGCCUAUCAUAUGCCGGAAGGGCAGAAGGGCUGGAUGCGGGUUACAUUUGCCGUGACUGCGGAUGAAUUGGUGGAGGGAAUCAGCAGGAUUGAGCAGGUAUAUCGGAGUUUGGUGGCUUGA